CAAAUCAUUACACAGAACGACUCCACCUUACUCCAUCUCAGAGAGCUUGUUGUCCUAGACCUAGGAUACUACAAACAGAAAUAGAUUGCUUCUGGUUCGACUAGUUUCUUGAUUCAUGUCUGUGUAGUUUCAAGUGUAAGAAAUUAAACUACAGGCACAAGAAGAACAUCAUUACGAAGUGGGAAGGCACUUACUUACGACUUACUAAAAAAACAUCGAGAAUCUGCUUGACGAAAAGAUGAGUGACGAAGUUGAGAAAGCGAAAGAGCGAUGCGUGGAGAUCGCUUCAGCCCAGACAAAUCGUUCCCGGUGCAAAGAAUGCAGCUGUCUCGGUCCGAUCGAAAAAGGGGAACUUCGCUUAUGAUUUUUCAUACAAAUUCACGCACUGUCAUUAGUACUAUUGUAUGAACAUAACAACUAGAGACGAUGUGAUGACAGAUUGUAGCUACCCGUGUCUGCGAUCAUUAUCUAUCACCGGUGACUCCACUUGAUCAUCCUCAGCUCUAUCGUCUCUUCUCUAACCACAGUCACUGUUCCGAUGUUCGCCCAAGGUCGCACGAUUUCGGCACAUUUUCACCCUGCGUGUUUUUUCGGUGGCCUUUCAGUCGAGACGGUCGCGCGCGGCAAUGCAGGAGCCUGCAAGCAUACCAAGCGGAAGUUUGAGAAGGGGGAUUUUCGGGUGAGAAUAUCCUCGGGAAAUGCGAAAUUCGGAUUGGGCAUGGAAGUACUACAACUAGCUGUUUUUUAACAUAUGGUAAACUUGAGCUUAGGCUUACUAGAUCACUGCGCUGGUGCUGAGGGAUUGUGGCUGAUACACUGAGACGCGGGUCUCUUGCCUUUUGUAGUUUUAAUUUCACAACUCGCGGCGCCAAGUUUGCGGCUCGCGCGUCACCUUGAAAGCAACAGCGCCUUGGAGACUACGACUGGACGCAAGACUGUUAUUUCCCACGAGCAGGAAUGGGCGCACCGCCGUCGUGGAGCAAACCCCCCAACUUGGCGAAGCCGGUCAAUUUGAAAGACGCUGACUCGAUCGGGCUCAUGCCUCUAAUAAUCGGAGUCAAAAAGACGCUGACUCGAUCGGACUCAUGCUUCUAAUUUUCCGAGUCAACCAGUUGAAACAAAACCGCAGCACCGUAUGAACCCAGGCGGAAAGGCCUGAGGCGUUGCCCCGAGGCCGCCGGGCUAUCUUACCGCCUCGGCUUCAGGUAUAUGGCAUAUGCAGCAUUGCCCAAAGCGUGCGGGCUGCGGUGGUUUCAACGGCUGGAGAAGCGUCGCGGGGGGGCUCUCCGCUGUUCUCUCGCUACGGCUUGGUGAGGUCCCUUGCUACCGCUGUCCUCUCGCUAUAGCGAUGCCGCUGUGGCUUGGUGAGGUCGUUUAACUGCUGAGAGGCUGAGGCACUGCCUACCCGGGAGAUUGCAGCGGGCGCCUUGAACAGCGGCGAAGGCACGCCGGGCGGGAAAGUGUCGCAAGCUAUUCUGGAAGCCGUCCGUUCAUUUGUCUGCCCGUGAAAAACUGCCUCAGUGCGACACUGUGACACCCUCGCGAAACCUGUAAGCGCGCUCAUGGUUAUAGGUGGACCCUUUCUGCGGCCACUGAAAUGGUGGGCGCGGGUUGUGGAGCUUGGAAAAUUCGGAACGUGGUCGCGCUCCUCUCGUGCAUCACCACAGAACAAACCCGCGACGGAUGCCGCAAAACUGUUCUGGCUUGCAUCCGGCGCGCAAUGAAGUGGGCAGGUUUGUCGCUGCGCGGCGGUUUCUUUGUUCGCGUCCGUGGGUGAGAGAGCUUGCAUCUCUCUGCGCAGCAGUGAGACGAUUAGUGCGCGGCGCCAUAGGAUAGCAGUGCAGGGGAAGCGGGUGCACGACUGAGACAGAGGGCACCGGGCUCGUUCUUCGUCAUUUUUGGAAAGUAACACACAACCAAAACCCCGCGCCGCCCUCUCUCGGACUGACGCGCCUGUUGCCGAGCCAGUGCCAAGCCAACGGUGUCGGUCCGUGGUUGUUAUAUAUUACCGGUGCGCGCGGUUGUCUCUGUGUUGGUUUCACUCGUCGUCCUUGCUUGCCACCUACUCGCUCGUUGGUUGCUUCUUUGCUGACCAUUUGACUUCCUGGCGAGUGUGAGUGCAGCGAGCGAGAGUUCGCGCUUCUUCUCUCAUAUGAUUUCGCCUCUUGCUUACUCUACUUCCCGUUUUUUAACAAGCAGUAUCAGUGCUAGUGCGAGGAAGAUUAAGGACUACAUCUCAGGGAAUACUUCUUCAGAACGUAUUGCUGCAGUUUUGAUUGUGACCUAAAAUAUACGAAUGCACAUUUAUAUCCUAACCUCUAGGCUGCAAAGUUACUCCUUUCUCCGGUCCUUCAAGCUGUUGGAAAACGGCGUGCGGACAUUGCUGGCAUGGGAGAGAUGGAUGCCGAAAUGCGCGCCGCUUUUAUCGGAGAAACUGCAAGUGUAAAAACGACAUCAACGACACCAAAGGAGAAGCCUGAUGUCCCUGCAGUGAAGACCACGUCAAAACCAAAAGCUACAACUGGUACACCAAAGAGUAAAGCACCAACAUCAGCUACUACUAGUACUAAAAAACCAGCGACGAAGGUGAGUGGAAAGGCAUUACCGAGUGCAGCGAAGGCGACUCCGUCAAAGAAAGGCGUCAAGAAAACUGCAUGAUCGGGUGCCGAUGUUGUGCCUGAGAAUUUCCCGGUUACAUCGAUCUACCAUAUUCGUCAUAGCAGAGCUUUGAUUUCAUGUGCAUAAGACCAUGAGCAUAGCAGAGCAUCUACCAGGACUAGACAAGGCCACUACGGCUUAAGACGUUCCGAAACUUGAGCCGCACUCUCUGCAGCGUUCCGCGAUACGAGCACCUCGGCUCAGUGUGCAGGCGGAAAAGUUACACGGAGCUUUUUGUGUGAAGUUUGUGCAGUGUGUCCUGGUGACAGCUGCUCAAAGCGUCAUCGCCUUCAUUUCUUUCUGGAGUUGAGCAGGGAACCCAUCUUGUUGAUUCUGGAUUGAAGUGAAUUAUGUUGUAUCCACCGCUCAUUUUCAUGAACCAACCCUCAUACUUAGAAGUUUUUGUGCUGACCCUGGAGGUGACAGCAUCUUACAGGAAUAAAGCUUUAGAUGGACGUCUUUAGCGCGACCAUUCAGAUUGGACAAUGAAUACAAGUGAGCUACGAAAAUUCAACGAAGUUAUUGAGCAACCAGAGCCAGCUAGUUGAAUCAGAUUUGUCAAACUUCGGCGGAUGUUCA